GCCGUCCGAGUUUGUUUUGGCGUCGGGCGCGCGCAGCAAUGACGUCAUGACGCUGACGCGGGAGGAUGGCGGCGGAGGCGCCCGUGGCCUGGGCCGGGAGACGGUGGGCUGAGCCGCCGAGACUCCGAAGAGCCCGCCGCCCGCGCGAGGUGUAGACGGGGCACUGCCUACAGAGCAGGUCCUGCCAGCCUCACUGGAGAGGAUGCCCCCGUGUCAGUGAUGGGCUGUGGGACAAGCAAGGUCCUUCCUGAGCCACCCAAGGAUGUCCAGCUGGAUCUGGUCAAGAAAGUGGAGCCGUUCAGUGGCACUAAGAAUGAUGUAUACAAGCACUUCAUCACAGAGGGGGACAGUGUUGGCCCUCUCAAAGCUGGGUUUCCAGCUCCCAGUCAGUAUGCACCUCCCUGUCCUGGUGUUCCCACUACUGGCCACACAGAGCCUCCCUCAGAACCACCACGCAGGGCCAAGGUGGCAAAGUACAGGGCCAAAUUUGACCCACGUGUGACAGCUAAGUAUGAUAUCAAGGCCCUGAUUGGCCGAGGCAGCUUUAGCAGAGUGGUACGUGUGGAGCACCGGGCAACCAGACAGCCAUAUGCUAUCAAGAUGAUUGAGACCAAAUACCGAGAAGGGCGGGAGGUGUGUGAGUCUGAGCUGCGAGUGCUGCGUCGCGUGCGCCAUGCCAACAUCAUCCAGCUGGUGGAAGUGUUUGAGACACAGGAGCGUGUGUACAUGGUGAUGGAGCUGGCCACUGGUGGUGAGCUCUUUGACCGGAUUAUUGCCAAGGGUUCUUUCACUGAGCGGGAUGCCACAAGAGUGCUGCAAAUGGUACUGGAUGGUGUGCGCUAUCUGCAUGCCCUUGGCAUCACACACCGAGACCUCAAGCCUGAGAAUCUCCUCUACUACCACCCAGGCACUGACUCCAAGAUCAUCAUCACUGACUUUGGCUUGGCCAGUGCCCGAAAGAAAGGUGAUGACUGCCUGAUGAAGACCACCUGUGGCACACCUGAAUACAUUGCUCCUGAGGUCCUGGUUCGAAAACCCUACACCAAUUCCGUGGAUAUGUGGGCACUGGGUGUCAUUGCCUACAUCUUGCUCAGUGGCACCAUGCCCUUUGAAGAUGACAACCGCACCCGGCUAUACCGGCAGAUCCUCAGGGGCAAAUACAGUUAUUUGGGGGAGCCCUGGCCUAGUGUAUCUAAUCUAGCCAAGGACUUCAUUGACCGCCUGCUGACAGUGGACCCUGGAGCCCGGAUGACUGCACUACAGGCCCUAAGACACCCAUGGGUAGUAAGCAUGGCAGCCUCUUCAUCCAUGAAGAAUCUGCACCGAUCCAUCUCCCAGAAUCUCCUCAAGCGUGCUUCUUCUCGUUGCCAGAGCACCAAAUCCUCCCAGUCCACACGUUCCAGCCGCUCCACACGCUCCAACAAGUCGCGCCGUGUUCGGGAGCGUGAAUUGCGCGAGCUCAACCUCCGUUAUCAACAGCAGUAUAACGGCUGAGCCACCAGCUGUGACAUGGACACACUCUCAUCUCAUCCUGGCCACUCUCUGCCAUGUCACCUGGGCCCAAUACCUUCUCUGUAGCUAGGCCUCAUGGCCAGCAGUAUGUAGAGCAUGCCUGGGCCCAGCUCUUC